UUGUUAUCAAAGUUUAUAAAAGUUAUAGAUUGGUGUUGAUUUGGCCUAAUUUCUUUUCAUACAAUUACUUUUUAAUAUUUAUACUUUAAAAAUGAGCAAUUGGUCAUGUUCAGUGAUUUCUGAUGAUGAGGAUGAAGAGAUUGUAAACACUCGUAAUAAAAAAACGAAAUCUACUCGAAGUUUGAAGAAAGAAUCGUCAUUUGUUCUAAUUUCUGACGAUGAAGAGGAACCACCUGUGAGAAUCGCAAAGCGAAUUAAAAAUGAAAAAAAUAAACCAAAUAAUGAGAUUAUGCUAACUUCCGAUGAUAGCGAUGAAGAUGAUACUACGAUUGUUAUACCUAAGACUGAAAAGAGUGUUAAAAAGGAAAAAAUCGAUGUAAGAAAUAUUGACAAUAUUGAACCUGCCUCUUCAAGUUCCACUGAAAAUAACCAACGUUCAAUGAAGAUUUCAAAUCGCCAGCCUAUGAAAAGAAAAAAUAAUUGUACAGAUAAUCACAUCGAUGUUAAAUUAGAAAAACUUGACAAGCCUUACAAACCGCAGGCGAAGAGAAUUAAAUUAGAGCCAGGAAAAGAAUCGGUAAAGAUAGAACCAAUUUGGGAAGAUUACCAAUUAUUGGCGGAAAAUUUGAAUUUAAGUGAUGGUGUUGCACAAAAUGUCGUUCAGCUUUUCUCCGAAGGAAAUACGAUUCCUUUUAUUGCUCGAUAUCGAAGAGCAGCAACAGAAAAUAUGUCGCCUGAAACAUUGAGAGAAGCCAGGAACGUCUACGAUGAUAUUUGCUUAUUAAAGCAUGAAAUUGGUACAUUUGCAAGCGAGUUGCAAAAAACCGGGAACCUCACAGAAACGCUAGAAACUACCAUUAAAUUAACUAAAAAUUUAGAAGAAUUGGAAAUUAUUAGGGCUCCAUUUAAACCAGAAGCUAAAAAGACUUUGGCUGAGAGAGCAAAAGCACUCGGUUUAGAAAAACCAGCGAUGGAUUUACUACAAAACAAUUCUAAUACGGACUUAACAAAAUUUAUCAGUGGCAAUCAAGAGGAGCUUAAUAACGCAGAAAAAGGAAUAGUGCACAUAAUAGCGCAGAGAAUUGCGACAGACACUGAUGUUCUAACAUACCUAAGGGAUUUGAGAAAACACACUAAAUUUGCAAUCGAAACGAAAAAGCACAAAGUAUCCAAACAGAAAUCUGACAAACCCAAAAAAGGCGAAAAGAAACAAUUAGAUGUAUCGGUGUUUGAGCAAUACUUUAAUUUUUCCGGGUUCGCUCACUCAAUCAAACCACAUACGGUAUUAGCCAUAAACAGAGGCGAGUCUCAUAAAAUACUCUCGGUAAAAGUUGUAGUUCCCGAAUAUCUGUAUAAAAAAUUUCAUCAAUUUUGUAUUCAAAAAUGGUCCGUCCGCGAUGGAAUUAGAAAAACUGUAAUAGAAGAAGCCAUUAAAGAUUCAUAUAAUAGGUUGGUGGAACCUUUCAUAGUAAGGGAAAUUCGCUCUGAAUUGAAAGCAAUGGCCGAAAAGGCGUCUUACGAUGUAUUCGGUAAAAACCUCAAACAAAUAUUAAUGGCUGCGCCCAUAAAGGGACAGGCCAUUUUGGGUAUCGAUCCAGGUUUUACCCACGGCUGUAAAAUUGCUGUGAUAUCUCCUAUAGGAGCAGUCUUAGAUCACACAGUAAUUUAUCCUCAUUCCACCCAUAAUAAAAAACAAACAGCAGCCAAAGAACUGAAGCGCCUAUUACAAGAAAACGAAUGUACUCUAAUAGCCCUCGGAGACGGAACGGCUUGCAAAGAAACCGAGCAAUGGUUAACGGAAUUAAUCAGCCAAAAAUACUUCCACACGAACGAUGUAAAGUACACAAUUGUUAGCGAAGACGGAGCCUCCAUUUACUCGUGCAGUCCCGAAGCAAAAAAAGAAUUCGGCGAAUUGGAUACCAACAUCAUCAGUGCAGUUUCAUUAGCGCGACGAAUUCAAGACCCCAUGGCCGAGUUAGUGAAAGUCGAUCCGAAGCACCUGGGCGUAGGAAUGUACCAACACGACCUCAAGCAAAAAAGGCUGGACGAAGUCCUCGAGGAAAUCGUUUCCGAGUGCGUCAGUUUCGUUGGAGUGGAUUUGAACACCUCAUCGCAGGCUCUACUCAGGCGAGUGGCUGGGUUGACGGACAAACGCGCCAGCGAAAUCGUCAAAUACAGGGAACGCAACGGGCCGUUUACCUGCCGCAGCGAAAUCAAAAACGUCCCGGGAAUCGGGCCCAAAGCGUUCCAGCAAUGCGCCGGUUUCCUGCGAAUCGGGCCCACGAACGCGACGUCGUUCGAGGAGUUUUACAAGCGUCCCAACACCACGAAGCUCGACCAAACGUACAUUCACCCCGAAUCCUACGAGGUGGCGCUGCAGUUGUUGAAAGAGCUGAAGCUGCGGGUGAACGACAUCGGGGAGCCUGGUUUCGUCGAUAAAAUCGCGUCGUGUAGAAGUAAAUUCGGAGAUUCGAAGUUGAACGUCGGCGGGGUGCUGGAUUUGGUAUUCGAAGCCCUUUCGAAACCUCUCAAUUACGAUCUCAGGACGGAAAUAUCGCAAACGGCUUUCUUCUCUACAGGUCUCAGGAACAUCGACGACUUGAAAGAAGGUGAUCAAGUCAUGGGCAGGGUGAAGAACGUUACCCAUUUCGGUUGUUUCGUGGAUAUAGGAGUAGGAAGAGAUGGCUUGAUUCAUUGCAGCAAUUUUAAUGAGUUUCAAUUGCAAGUGGGUGAUAGGGUGGAAGUUGUGGUGCUGAGGCUUGAUAGAGAACGGAAGAGAAUUCAAUUAGGUCCAAUAGCGAAAUUGUAAUGGCACUUUUGUUAAAUAUUACUUAAGUAUUACACUAAUUUUAAUGAGAAAAUUAAUUAUUUUUUUAAACUGUAUUUAUCUCAUGAAUGUUUUCAUUGUACAGAAGUAGAAUAAAGUUUUUUUUUAA